AGAAAGCGUCCGUGUGAGCGCGGACAAACGGAUUUGUUGUUGUUGUUGCUGUGAUAUCUGUGUUUAGCCACAGAAGAGUCGGUUUGAAUCAAAGACUGUAAAGAAUCGUCCUAAUGAGUCUUUCUCUGAGACCUGAACUGGCAGCAGAUAAGAACAAGCGUAAGAAGAGGAGAGAGCUCACCGAGGAUCAGAAACAUGAAAUCAAAGAAGCUUUCGAUCUGUUCGACACCGACAAAGAUCAUGAAAUAGAUUACCACGAGCUGAAGGUGGCGAUGCGAGCUCUCGGUUUUGAAGUGAAGAAAGUCGACGUUUUGAAGAUCCUCAAAGACUACGACCGAGAGGGAAACGGAAAGAUCACUUUUGAGGAUUUCAAUGAAGUCGUGACCGACCGCAUCCUGGAGCGGGACCCCAAGGAGGAGAUCAUGAAGGCCUUCAAGCUGUUUGACGACGACGAAUCGGGAAAGAUCGGUCUGAGGAACCUGAGACGAGUCGCUCGAGAACUCGGGGAGAACAUCAGCGACGAGGAGCUGCGCAGCAUGAUCGACGAGUUCGACGCCGACGGAGACGGAGAAAUAAACCAGGAAGAGUUCCUCUCCAUCAUGACAGAGGACUCAUGAUGACGACGCUUUCUGUUCCUGUGGACUGAACAUCAUGAGCUGUAUGGAGGCGGGCGCCGUGAGCUCUGGAGGGUCCGACGUGGAGCGGACUCACUCAUUGGCCCGUCGAGCUGAGCGGUGUGUCCUGAAGAUGUUUCUAAUCAGUGCGUUUGAUUUCUUCAUGAUUGAGCCGGAGAACAUUUCAGACUUCAUGAAGUUUCUGAUAUUUGUUGUUUUUUGUUGUCUGUUGUUUCUCCUGGAGGAGUCUGUGGUUUAAAAUAUGAAAUGUGAUAUUUAUU